GGUGCGGUUGGAGCCGCUGGUGAAAAACUGUCAACUUUCUGCUUGGGAAAAAUACAUGUGAGUUUGCCGGUGCGUCUUAACGUGCCUGGAAAAUAUGGCUCUCACGGGGCAUCGUGGCCACUCGCGGCUUCUGGCUGUUGCGAUUCUCGUGGUAGCAUGUUUGUCCGUCGAGGCGUCUCACUACAGAGGCGGUACUGUCACCUGGAAGUUUUUGCGAUAUGACCCAUCGGACAGCAACAGAGUCGAAAUCGAGAUUUCUCACAGAAUUGCAUGGCUGAAUCCCCCCUCCAUCAUAUACUGCACAGCAGAUACGGUAGCCGCUGGUGGCCGGUACGCAGGUGGAGAUAUGACGUGUGAACGAGAGACCGGCAGCGGCCUAACGUGUCCCAAUAACUUCAACAUCAUUGACGCGGCAAGAGAUUUCAUCUGCACUGACUACAACGAAGGGGUGCCUUGGAGCUCCGGUGUGUACUCCGUGCCGAUUGUCCAGUCCUUUCCGGUCGGCAGCUCUGUUCCUUAUGUCCUCGGGUAUAGCGGAUGUUGUUGGGCAAGCAAUGUUCCGACGGGUAGCAGUGGGCCAGCACAGUAUGGUCUGAAGACAUCGAUGAAUCUUACUCCGCGCUCGGACAACGCACAGAUCAACAAUGCACCCAUCACUUCAAUGUUCCCAGAGGUGCUAGUUCAGCGAGGAUGCACAACGAACAUCCGCAUUCCAAUUGUGGAUGUAGACAGCGGCGAUUUUGUGUCCUGCCGUAAGGGAGCUGACCCUAAUUCUCAAGCUGACUCCUGCUAUGCACUGUGCAACACUGUCGACGUUACGUUCAAUCCUUCAGGAGCCGUGGGCUCCUGUACGCUCCAAGUGCCGCCGAUUACGAAUGCCAGGAAUUUUUACGGUGUGGCCGUAGUCGUAGAAGACAGCUACACAAAUGGCGGUGCGGCAUUGAGCACUGUACCCCUUCACUUUGUGCUGAGGUUGUACGGAGCAACCGGGGUAUGCCAGGCUGAACCGACAUUUGUCGGUAGCACACCGGCCUUUGGUAGCGAAGUCGCUGCCCAGGGAAACGGAGCCACUGGAACUUUUGACAUCGUGGCCCAAAGCUCUGCUGCUGGUCUUACCAUCACUGAGAUUGUGACCCUAUCGCCUGUGAUGACCACCAAGACAGCACUGACCACAGUGGCCGACACUGGAAACAGACGGGCAAGCAUUACAGUGACCGCAGGCCGAGCUGACAGUCAGGGCACAGGCAAACAGAUCAUGUGCUUUUAUGCAAGCCAGUCAAACGGGGUUUCAAGUACACCUCACUGUAUCACCGUGACCUACGAUGAUGCCCCCCUGGACGAUCCAUGCGAUUCUGGUCCCUGCAUCAAUGAAGGCGUCUGUAUGCCCAUAUCAGGAAAUGCUGACUAUCAGUGUACGUGCCCCACUGGAUACGGUGGCAAGACAUGCGACCAAGUGACCUGUGCCAACCGCUGCUUCACCUCGGGUGCUGUCGAAGGCUGCUAUUGUGAUCAAGCAUGCCAAUUUUUCAGUGACUGCUGUGAUGACUUCGGUGACAUGUGCCUCCAUGAUCAUACUGAUCAAGCCGGGGAUUCAUCUUGUACCGGUCGAUGUUACACCGAGGGCAGUGUUGGUGGAUGCUAUUGUGAUGGUUUGUGCCCAUUUUACAAGGACUGCUGCUCAAACUUUUACGCCCAGUGCCCGCGGCCCCCAGUUGACGACGGUGCUGGAGGAGCAACCUGUGCCGAUCGGUGCUAUACGCCAGGCAGUCAGGCCGGAUGUUACUGUGACAUUGCAUGCAAAUCUUACAAUGAUUGCUGUGCUGACUUUAACAAUCAUUGCGUACGUCCAACUGGGGUUAAUCAACCAGGAGAUGCUACCUGCGCUGGCCGUUGUUUUUCCGAUGGCAGUCAGGGUCUUUGCUACUGUGACUCUCUGUGCCAAGGAUUUAAUGACUGCUGUGGAGACUUCUAUCAGCUGUGCCCCCGUCUAGAGGGUGAUCCGUGUGAGCCGAACCUGUGUGAAAGAGGCACCUGCGUCUCGAUCAAUGACAACACCAACUACAGAUGUAUCUGCCCAAGUGGAUACCAGGGGAAAAACUGUCAAAAUGCGGAUCCGUGCCUAUCAACACCAUGUCAGAAUGGCGCCCCAUGCACAGCACUCGACGAGAACACGGACUACAGCUGUGCUUGCCCAACUGGAUUUCUGGGGAAAAAUUGUCAAAAUGCGGAUCCGUGCGUACCAACAUCACCAUGUCAGAAUGACGCCCCGUGUACAUCACUUGAGGAGAACACGGACUAUCGCUGCGAUUGUUCUGACGGAUUUGUGGGCAAGAAUUGUUCAACAGCGGUACCGAUUGAACCUUGCACUGUUCCUGACAUCUGUCAGAACGGUGCGUCAUGCGUGCCCAUCGGCGACUUCAACUAUACCUGUAACUGUGUCCCGGGGUUCCUGGGUGACAACUGCGAAAACGAAUAUGAAUGUCCUGACGGCUCUGCCUACGCGGAAUGCAUCACUGAAUGUGAUGGACGCACCUGUCAAGAACCCAAUGGUCCACCAGGAUGUGAUCCAGAGGCUUGCACAGAGGGCUGUCGGUGUGAUGGAGACCGCCUUCUAGAGAAUGACGUAUGCAUCCCUGCUAGCCAAUGUGGCUGCGAAAGGGAUGGCAUGUAUUACAUGCUGAACACGAUACUAGUCGAUGAGAACUGCACGGAGGAAUGCACAUGCAACUCGCCCAAUAACUUUGAUUGCGCAAGCCUGGUCUGUAGUCAGGACGCUUCGUGCCAGCUUGGCGAUGACCGCAACGAAUGCACGUGUAACGAAGGAUUUACGGGCAACGGCUUCGUUUGUGAACCUGUGGAUCUGCAAUGCAGAGGAUACGACGACCGUCAAACCUGCCUGGGCCCCGACUGCAAAUCAGGCUGCUUCAGAUCCCCCAACUACCCAGACCAACCUUACACGCCCAACACCAUCAUUCAGUACAUCGUGCAAGUGCCCGGCGUGACGUACUACACCAUCCAAUGCGACGAGCGCUUCAACGUCGAAGACGACCGGGACUCGCUGUACGUCGGCCCCGGAGAGCCCCCUCUAUUGACGGAGUUGGAGAUCAGUCCCACCGCCCCAAUCCGCCUGUUUGACGGGGACGAGGCUCCAGAGAAGUUUGCGGUGGACGGCAAUGGCUUCUGGAUGUACUUCAUCACCGAUAGGAUAGUGCAGAGGCAGGGUUGGGAAUGCUGCUGGAAGGCAGACGACCCGUGUCGUAUGAACCCAUGUGGGAAUGGAGGUUUGUGCAAAGACAGAAGUGAUGGCUCCUAUGUCUGCGUCUGUAUGGGAGGCUGGACUGGGGAACACUGUGAACACGGCCGGGCACAGUGCAGAGCUCGUGGAGACCCCCACUACAGGACCUUUGACAGGCUCAAGUAUAACUUCCAAGGCGCCUGCAAGUACUACCUGUUGCAGUACUGCGGAGACGAAGAUGACGCCCACUAUUUUGACAUCAUCCAAAAGAACCGGAAAGUUUCCACCAACUCCAGGGCUUCCCGCACCCAAGACUUGUGGAUUCACAUCUUUGGUCACGAAAUCGGCCUGCUUCAGGAUAAAGAACUGACCCUUGAUGGCGUCGUUCGCACCACGCCCUUGAAUUAUCCCGGUUUCUCCGUCACACGCAGCGGCAACAACCUGGUGGCCAAAUUUAACAACAGUCUAGAAGUUCGGUGGGACGGAAGAUACGGCGUGAACGUUGAGCUGUCCUAUGAAUUCUCCAACCGGACGUGUGGUCUGUGUGGCAAUAUGGAUAUGGAUCGCAACAAUGAAUUCGUGGGUCCAGGAUUCCAGCCGGUGAACGGUCCGGCUGAGUUUGGCAACAGCUGGAAGGCCAAUUCAGAUGUUUGCAAUGCCGACGACGAGUCCAGCGGUGUCCAUCCCUGCGUGGAGGUGUUUGGUCAGGAAAGGCCGGGAGAUGAAGUCUCUCGCCACCUCAUCUUUGUUUUGAGUGACCCUGCAGGUCCUCUGAGUGAAUGCCAUGAUGUGGUUGAUCCAGAGCCUGUCGUAGAGGAUGCUCUGUAUGACUGGUGUUCCGCCAGACCCGACAUGUCCAGCGCCUGUGACGACGUUGCCAGCUAUGCUUCACAAUGUCAGGAAAGGGGGGUUGAGAUCGGUCAAUGGAGGUCGCCAGAGGUGUGCCCCAUGUUGUGUCCAGCCAACUCUGCGUACAACCCAUGCAUGACCGCGUGUCCCAAGAUGUGCGGCGAGGAACAAGGGGAAUUCUUUGUGUGUCCGUUGCUGUGUGUGGAGGGCUGUGAAUGCGCCGAGGGACGUGUCCUGGAUGGUGACGGAAGCUGUGUGCCUGAAGAUGAAUGCGGGUGCUACUUUGAAGAUGUCUAUCAUAUGGCGUCUGAGACUUUUCUCAGUGAAGAUUGUUCUAUGAGUUGCACCUGUGUAAGUGGUGCGGCAAACUGCAAUGGCGCUACCUGUGACGCCGCCGAACGGUUCUGUGGUGCGAACGACGAGGGCGUCCAUGGCUGCUAUUGUAACGCAGAUCUUAUGGCCGACGGAGACAAUUGCGUGGAUGACCCCUGCGAUGCUAAUCCUUGUAAGAAUGGUGGAAGGUGUAUGCAUACUGAACUCCACGCCAGCGGAUACGAGUGCAAGUGCUUCCGAGGUUUUCAAGGAAGGCAUUGCGACGAAGUCAAGGGCAAUUGCUAUGCUCACGGUGACCCCCAUUACCGCUCCUUUGACGGUGUCAAAUUCAACUACCAAGGGGCUUGCAAGUACCUCCUGGUGAAGCCCUGCGACCCUGGGUUUGGCGCUAACUUCCGCAUCAUCCAGGAGAACGAGAAAGUGCGGGCGAACGGCAGGGGUCCAGCCGUCACCAAAGCCAUCAACGUUGAGCUUGAUGAAAUAGUUUUUGCCCUCAAACGAGGCAAGAAAGUGUUCAUCAACGGUGUGGAAGCCAGACCUCCUGUUUCAAAUGCCCUCGUUAAUAUCAAAAGACAAGGCAGAUACCUUGAGCUGAGUACUCGCUUUGGUCUGACGUUGCGUUGGGAUGGCAAGUAUAACGUGGACAUCUCCCUGAUACCGGACUUCUUCAACAAUACCUGCGGCCUUUGCGGCAAUUGGAAUGGAGAUCCUGACGAUGAAUUUGACGGCUUUGAUAGUCAGGAAGCCUAUGGCAACAGCUGGGCAGUAGAGGGCCAGGAAUGUGUAUCGGAUGAGGAGCCUACUCCGUUCGUGUGCAACCCCAACCCAGCUGUGCAAGGGCUUGCUGAACGAGUUUGCGGUAUCGUUCGCACAGAUGCAUUCAGCUCCUGUGCAAGCCUUGAUCUUGCAGACGCUUUCUUCGAAGAUUGCGUGUUUGACUUGUGCACUACCUUCCCUGAUUACACCAACUUCUGUUCGAGUGUCUCACUCUACGCAGACGUCUGCCAAGAAUCGGGAUUCCAAGUUGGCGUGUGGAGGAGUCCACAACUCUGCCCGUUUGAAUGCCCAGAGAAUUCUCACUACAGUGCCUGUACAUCACCCUGCCCCAUUACCUGCUCAGAGAGUCAACCUAUGCCAUGCCCGACAAUCCCCUGUAUAGAGGCGUGUGAGUGUGACGAGGGUUACAUACCCAACGGAGACCAGUGUGUCCAGGAAUCGCAAUGUGGCUGUCUGGAUCGCUUUUACCGCGAGCCUGGGGAGAGCUAUGCUAAUGAUGACUGUACGCAGAUAUAUACAUGCAACGGACGAGGUAGUCUCUCUAGUGCCGCUCAGGAGUGCCAUACCAACGCAACAUGUGGAGCAAGAGACGGCGUCCAUGGCUGCCACUGUAAUGAAGGCUACUAUGGAGAUGGAUACAUGUGUCAACAGGAUCCAUGCCAUACAGGGGAGGAUCACUGUUCAGGCAACGGCCGAUGUGUCAGUAACGGGGAAGGAGAUUUCCAUUGCGUGUGUCGGCGCGGCUGGUCAGGAGAUUAUUGUGAUAUGGGCUCGGCUGUCUGUUCUGGUCAUGGGGAUCCGCACUACACCACCUUUGACGGGCGUCGGUUUGACUUCCAAGGGGACUGUCAGUACACUGUGCUCAGGAUUGUCUUGAAGGAUAUCAACCUGGCCGUGGAGGUGGUCGCAGAUAACGAGCGUUACAGCAUGAACAGUCGAGUUUCCCUGACAAGGGAGCUGCAUGUUACUGUUGGGGGACAGAGAGUUUCACUGCUGCAAGACAGGAAGGUUCGAAUCGACAAUAUGGAGGUUCAGACUCCGGUUACCGCAUGGCCGGGAGUGACUAUCAAGCGAGUCGGAAAACAACUGGUACUGGACACCGAGUAUGACACCAAGCUGGAAUGGGACGGCAAGAACAGCUUUUCCAUCGAGGUAUCGGCCUACUAUUUCAAUGAGACCCACGGUCUGUGCGGCACCUAUGACGAGGAGCGAGAUAAUGACUUCACAACACCCAACGGAGAUUUGGCACCAGAUGUGAACAGCUUUGGUAACAGCUGGGUGUAUGGUGAAUGCGGUAACAUGGAACCUCCUGGUGAUUCCUACAACCCAUGUGAAGAGAACGCAGGUAGUUUAAGUGAAGCUCAGGAAAAGUGCAACAUCAUAAGGCAUGAAGAGGGUCCGUUCAGUGAUUGUCAUGGAGUCAUAGACCCACUGCCUUACUAUGAAAGCUGUAUGUAUGACCUGUGUAGCACCCUGCCGCAAUUAGGCGCACUGUGUGAGGACGUUGCCAAGUAUGCGGACGAUUGCCACUGGGAUGGAAUUGAGAUUGACAGAUGGAGGAGGGACGAUUUCUGCCCGUUCAUCUGUCCAGAAGGCUCUGUCUACACCAUGUGUGCCCCCGGCUGCCCAGUCACGUGCAACGACAUCAUAGAAGGCACGAACGACACCGCCUGCGCACAGCCCUGCCGGGAAGGUUGCCAGUGUGAGGAGGGCAAGGUCCUGAGCGGGGAGGAGUGUGUGUCUCCCGAUGAUUGCGGCUGUCUCGUUCAGGGAUUCUAUUACAAGGAAGGAGAGGACUACCUGACUUCCGACUGUCGGUCCCGAUGCCUGUGUACGGACGGCGCGCUUGCGUGUACCCCUAUCAGUUGCCAUGACAGAGCCGAGUGUGUCUUGGACGAUGGGGAGAGGCAGUGCCGAUGCCAGGAGCCACUGAUAGGAGACGGCAUCGAAGUAUGUAACUUCAAUCCCUGCAUGUUGGAGCCGUGUGAGAACUCUGGUGUUUGUCACCAUUUUGGUGAUGAUGAUUACUGGUGUGAAUGCUCAGAUUAUUGGACGGGGACAAAUUGCGAGAUUGUCCAGGGAGCAUGUUAUAGCUUUGGCAGUUCGCAUUACCUCACGUUUGAUGCGUAUGUCUACACAUUCCAAGGAGAAUGCCAAUACUAUCUGGCCAAGACCUGUCCCGACGACCGAAUGCCAUUUUUUGAAGUUAUUCAGGAGAACAAGCGUCUGAGUCCCAUCUCUUCAGGAGUAGAGGCCGUCCAUGUCAACAUCAAUGAUCACGACUUUAUCCUCGGUCCCAGACACACUGUCAAGUUUGAAGGAGAGGAGGUCGUUCUACCAUUUAAAGAAGACGGUGUCGAAAUUCGGGUCCGCGGAAUGGAUGUGGUUUUGAAGUCAACCAUUGGAGUUGAGGUUGCUUUUGAUGGCUGGUACGGGGUUAAAGUCCUUGUCAGCGAUGACUAUAGAAACAAGUUGUGCGGCCUGUGUGGAGAUUUUAAUUUCAACGCUUACAAUGACCUGUCUAUCAACGGAACGACAGUGUCUGGAACCACUUUUGGGAACUCCCAGUAUACUGGUCAAGACUGUCCUAUCCCUGUUGAGCCUGAAUUUGAAGACAGCCCCGACCCCUGUGACAGUCUGAGCCCAGAAUUGCGUACCGAAGUCGUGGAUUUCUGUAAUGGAUUGUUGGGAGGACCAUUUGCCUCGUGUUCUGUGAAUUCUGGCCUGUUCACGUACAGGUGUAAAUUUGAUGCCUGUUCUUCUAGGUUAAUGAACCCACACCUAUCUUGCGUACACCCAAAGAUCUAUGUCGAGAUUUGCUUAGAUUUCGGUGGCCGUCCGGAUCCAUGGAGGCGUCUUGACUACUGCCCUGUUGAUUGCCCAGAGGUCCACCUCCAACCCCGGGCCUCACCCUGCCCUGAAACCUGCGUCGAUGUCCGACGGCAAACAACCCCUGAGUGUGAGCACCAGAGGAGAGUGGAAGCGUGCGAAUGCAACGAGGGUUUCGUUCUUAGCGGCACUGCGUGUGUACCAAGAGACGAAUGUGGCUGCUACAAUGUCGAGACUGAAAACUACUACCAGGAGGGUCAAAUCUUCAUGAAUGAGGACUGUACCAUGCUGUGCCUGUGUCAGUCUGGUUCCCUGUCUUGCUCACCAGUCAGCUGCGAUGAGAAUGCUCAAUGCACAGUGUCCGACGGCCGGCGCAGGUGUGAAUGCGUGGACGGGUACCUGGGCAAUGGCAUGGAAUGUCGAGAGGCCCCUUGCACUGGUGUGGUGUGUGAGAAUUUGGGCACUUGUAUCCCAGGACCCAAUGACACCUAUGGCUGCCUCUGCCAAAAUGGAUUCAAUGGAGAUCACUGUGAACAAGAGGUCCGGUAUUGCAAUGUAUAUGGCCUCCCCCACUUCACCACCUUUUCCUUGGCGUCCUACGCCUUCCAAGGGGCAGGCUCGUAUUACCUGACGAGGAGCUGCAACGAGUCUGCAGAGCCGGACUUCGAGGUCGUCGUUAAGAAUAAGAGAGUGGUGGACAAUCCUGGGUUUACCAUAACAGAUGAAAUUUCGCUUCGCUUCCAAGGCAUGGAAAUCAGCCUAUACCAGGACAACGAUAUCACAGUGAACGGGCUUGAGAUCUUGCCACCUUACAGCAACGACCUGGUAGAGAUCUCUUUGCUGUUCAACCGAGUGAUUGUUUCCACAAAGUUUGGCUUGGCAGUGGAAUGGGACGGUUUCCACUCCACCAUCAUCGCACUCUCCACUGAUUGGGCCAGCCAAGUAUGCGGACUGUGUGGAGAUAUGGGCGGACCCGUCGAUGAAGAGAUCGCUGCUUCUAUUGCAAAUCCGUUUGACAUCGCUGCCUUUGGAGACAGGAAUAUUGCCUAUCCGGGAGACAAUCCCCCAGCUACAAUGCCUCUGAUAAGACCUGACUGUUCUGAUGAAGAGAAGGAGCAAAUAGCACAAUUGUGUUCACCGUUAAUCGAUCCAAGAGGGCCUUUUAGGAGAUGCCCGAUAGAGUUACGUGUUGCAGCGCACCUCAGCUGCCAAGACGAUAGCUGUGCUUUUAUUCACGACACGAUGACGCCUGUCUGUGAAUCCCUGUCCAUUGUUGCCAAACUCUGCCAGAGAAUGCACACUGAUGUGGACCCAUGGAGGAUGAACGGAGCCUGCCCGGUGCGUUGCCCAGAGCAUGCCGUGUUCAAGUACUGCGCCAAUACCUGCCAGAGACGCUGCGGCCGGCCGGUCAGGCUUGCCCAGGAGUGCCCUUACCACUGUGAGGAAGGCUGUGAGUGUGAGGAAGGCUACGUCUUGGAUCACGACGGAAAAUGCGUACGGCCAGAGGACUGUGGCUGCUUUGAUGAAGGCUACUACCACCUGCAUGAUGAGGAAUACUACCGUCAAGAUUGCCAUGAGGUCUGCCGUUGUGAAGGCGGGGAACCUAACUGUGAAGCAGUGGAGUGCCAUGAAAACGCCACGUGCACCGUCCGAGACGGUGACUACGGAUGCCACUGUAAUCACGGAUACAGACGCAACGGGACGGAGUGCAUAGAGGAUCCGUGUUACCCUAACCCAUGUGACAAUGACGGCAUAUGUGUUGUGACGGCAGAAGACGGACCUCCGUACAAAUGUGUCUGUAGAGGACGCUGGAUGGGAGAUCACUGUGACGAGGGUGUCAGUUCCUGUUCAGUUAGUGGCCAUACCCACUACGACAGGUUUGACGGCGAAGUCUUCAACUUCUACGGAACUUGCAGUUACGUCUUGGCCAGGGCCUGCGGAAUGCCACAAAACCCCUUCCAGGUGGUACUGGAGAACGAACCAGACGAUGAAUUCCCGCACAUGUCUCGUAUUGAGGCAGUUCACAUAUUCAUCGGGGACCAGAAUGUCCAGCUGAAAAAAAGGAUGGAAUUGACGGUCAACGGAGAGGAGCAGCACUACCCCUACAUCCAGGCAGGAAUUGAUAUCAACCAGUAUGGAUGGCUUGUGAAGGUGUCCACCGAUUUUGGUCUGACGGUAGCCUGGAACGGCCGGGAUCUUGUCGACAUCACUCUUCCGUCUGCCUACGCCGACGAAGUCUGUGGCAUCUGUGGCGCCGUCACCAAUCAAGAGCCUGGCUUGGGAGAUUAUCCGAAUGCUCAUGGGUAUGGCACGGCCUGGCUGUCUAACGCAGAGCCAUGUCCUGAACCAGGGGACGACUAUCAAACCUGUGCGGAUAGAUCCUGCAAUCUAAGAGAAGCUGUACAGAAGUGCUCCAUUCUGAUGUCACCGAACGUUGCCUGUCCAACGGGAUGGUUCGCACUCCCCACCGAGGAGCAACUUCACAUCUGUUACUACGUCAGCGAGGCGGAGGAGGGCCUGACCUACGCGGCGGCUCAGCGCGAAUGCCAGACCCAUGGAGGCAGGCUGUAUGACCCCAGGACGGAGAUUGAAGCCUGGGGCUUCAGGAACGCUACCGUGGGGCUGCUGGACGGCCCGUUCUGGCUGGGCUGCACCGAUGAGGGGCACGAGGGCCGCUGGACGUGUGGGGAGGAAGGCCACUUCUGGUCUGAGGAAUCCCUGACUGGACACUGGGCUUGGGACGAGGACCAACCCAAUGACGCAGAUACUGGGCUCAUAGAGGAAAACUGCGCCCUGAUCUACAACAACGAGAAGUGGCGAGAUGUCUCCUGCAAGGCACGGGCCUCUCAUCUGGUCUGUCAGCUGGAGAGUCGUCGGGAAUUUCUGUCUCCAUUCCAGAAAUGUCAUGAUGUCGUACAGCCCCAUCCAUACUUCGCCAACUGUAUCCAGAACCUGUGUUCUACCCUACCAGACGACGACAAGCUGUGCUCAUCCCUGUCAGCAUACGACAAUAUCUGCCAACUCAAUGGCGUUGACAAUGGGCUGUGGCGAUCCAGGAAUUUCUGCCCGCUGGAAUGCCCGGAGGGUGCCACCUUGAGUGAGUGUGUCAGCCCUUGCCCACCGACUUGUGCCGAGCCCGACAGAUCCUGUGCGUUACCCUGCCGGCCCGGCUGCGCGUGUCGCGAGGGAACGGUACGGCAAGGGCCUAAAUGCGUACCCAGGGAAGAGUGCGGCUGCUUCAUGGCAAGCAUGGGCCGCUUCAUUGAGCCGGGGGAUUCCAUUUUCAAACCGGACUGCGAGGAGCUGUGCCACUGUCUGCCCGGCGGGACGCUGGAUUGCCAGGAAGCCAACUGUACUGAUAAUGCCACGUGUGUUGCCCACGAGCGGACUCCGGGCUUUACCUGCCAGUGUGAUGAGGGUUUCGUUUUCAUGGACAACGAAUGCCAACCUGACGCAUGUGCCGGUGUAGAGUGUGCCAAUGGAGGACGAUGUGUAGCCCUUCAUGAAGAGUACAGUUGCUUCUGUGAGAGAGGCUGGACGGGAGACCACUGUGAAGAAGAGGAAGGAUGGUGCCAAGUCCAUGGCUUCUCACACUACCGCAGCUUCGAUGGUAAGGACUUCAACUUCUUUGGGGAUUGCGUUUAUCACCUGGCCGGCCACUGCGGUCAAGACGUCACGGAACCUGUGUUCUGGAUCUUGGGUAAGCCCGAGAGACACGUGCUGCAGAGGGACGUUGCCUCCUUGUACUAUGUGGAGAUCCACAUCGAUGAUCAGGUCUUCCAACUUUGGUGGGAUAACGUUGUCACAGUGGACGGUGUUCGCAGGAACCUCCCGAUAACGGCAUAUGAAGGAAUCCGUGUUGAGUUGGUCGGAAACACAGUGGUAUUGCACUUAGUGGACGGUUUGUGGGUGUCCUGGGAUGGCUACAGUAACGUCAACAUUCGCCUGUCGGAGCGUUUCAAGAACAAGACCUGCGGUCUUUGCGGCAACUUCGACGGAGACGAGGAGAACGACUUGGUGCCCAAGGAUGGCAAUGAGGUUGUAAGCCCGGCUGAAUUUGGCAACAGUUGGGUGCAGAGUGAUGAGAAGUGUCAUCCUGACGAAGGAAACCUCAGCCCAACGUUUUUCAGAGACUCCUGCGGGGACAGAUUCGCGCAGGUGAUGGGCAUCUGCACUGGAUUGAUGGCGCAUUUGUCUGAGCCCUGCGGUGGUCCUGAUUUCCUGCAUUUCUAUGUCCAUGGCUGUAUUGCGGACAUCUGCUUAUUCGGUGAUUCUCAUUACGGAUGUUCCUACGCUGCUGCGGCUGUAGCGGCAUGCAAGGCCCGAGGGGGUAGACCAGCAGCGCGUGAGAUGCUCCCACAACCCUGCCGUGCGGAAUGCCCGGCCAAUUCAGACUACAGCUUCUGCACCAGUCCCUGCCCACGCACCUGCGACGAUGUACGCGGACUCGGCCGUCCGCCGUGCGAGGAAAAGCCGUGCGUGGAGGGCUGCCAGUGCAAGGAAGGAUUCGUGAGGAGCGGCCCGGAGUGCGUGCCUGAAGACAAGUGUGGUUGCCGAGAUAGCGCGUUUGGUGCUGCUUACUAUCUGGAUGAUGAGGAAUUUGUACGUCGCGGCUGCAAGGAGAAGUGUGAAUGCGACAACGGUGCUAUCACCUGUGAGCCUAUGGAAUGCCAUUGUGAAGCUGAGUGCAGUGCUGAUUAUUACGGCCGGUACGGUUGUCACUGUGAACAUCCAUACGUUGGGGAUGGUUUGAUCUGCACAGUUGACCCUUGCUACAGUAAUCCGUGUGUUAACCACGGCAAGUGCACAGUUCAGGCUGACUUCAGCUACGUGUGUGUCUGCCCGCCCCAAUGGACGGGACGGAACUGCGAGAAAGAGCAAAAAGAAUGCAGUGUCUACGGCAGUCCCCAGCACUUCUCUACCUUUGACGGAGCCAACUUCAACUUCUUUGGCGAGUGCCUGUACACACUGGCUGCUGACUGUGCCGAGGAGCCUUGGUUCCGAGUCUUGAUCCGCAACGAGCCCACGCAGGGCCGACCGGGGCUGACCAAAGUCAAGGAUGUCUACGUGCACAUUGGCAGCGACGGACCGGUAUUUGGCCUCCAUCAACACAAGAAAGUAACAGUCAACAAGCGGCCAGUCAGUUUGCCUUAUGGCGAGAAUGGCGUCCACGUUGUGCCUGGCCAACAGUUGUUGUUGACCACUCCCUUCGGGUUGAACGUCCGAUGGAACGGGUAUUUUGAAGUGGAUGUGUGGCUGGACGCUACUCUGUUGCGUAACAUCUCCCUGUGCGGACUCUGUGGUAACGCCGACGGGGAUUCGGCCAACAUUCUGGACGAGACACCGGAUGGAACAAGGGUCAGCAAUUCAGUGGACUUUGGUUACAGUUGGAGGGUGCCUGACGAGGAGUGUCCCGAUCGCGGCAGUGACUUACAGGAUGCAUGCAACGGGGACAUUCAACUGGCCGCAGCAACGAUAACUUGUCAAAUCAUCGUCGAUGCAAACGGGCCAUUCGGAGAGUGCAUCGCACAGCUGGAUCCCGCUGCGUACCUGGAGAACUGCAUCUUUACAGCCUGUUCCUCUGGCGAUCCUGAGGCCAGGUCCAACAUCUGCAGCAGCCUACUGACGUUGGAGUCGGCUUGCUUGGACCGCUGGCUCCCUGUCGGUUUCUGGAGAGCGCCCGGCUUCUGCGUGCCUCCAUGUGGAAGAGAUUCGCAGUUCAAGCCCAGCGCCCCCGCCUGCCCCAAGACCUGUCUGGGUUUCAUCUCGGAGAGGAGCAUGCCCUGUCCCUUCCCCAGCCAGGCAGGCUGCGUCUGUGACCCACACCUCUUCCUCAGCGGUGACGAGUGCGUCCCUAAAGAAGAGUGCGGAUGUUAUUAUGAUGGACAGUAUCGCAAGGUCCAUGAGGUCUUCCUCGCUGACGAAUGUGAACAAACGUGUACCUGUAUGCCUGGCCACAUGGUGGAAUGCCGACGUUCUGGAUGCCCAGAGGAGUCCAACUUCUGUGGAGUCAAGGAGGGAGUCUACGGCUGCCACUGCCGGAAAGGAUUUGAAGACGACGGCUGUGGCGGAUGCAGGGCCAAUCCGUGUUAUCCCAAUCCAUGUCAGAAUAAUGCCACAUGUGUCAUCAUUGAAGACGAUGUCUUUGCCUGUCAGUGCCCUGCUGGAUACGGUGACAAAGAUUGUGGGGAAGCUCUUGCACGCUGCACCGUAUCAGGCGACCCACACAUUGAAACCUUCGACGGCGUUCGCUAUCACUUCAGUGGAGAAUGCGAAUACAUUCUCCUUCACAACUGCUUUGAGGACGGCGACAAGUUUACCGUGACCCAGGUCACCGAGAGGUCGGACGAGAACCCCAACGUCGUGACCACAAAGAUGAUCAAGAUCAAUUCAUCAUCCGAGGCGUAUGGCUAUCAACUUGAAUUGCGCAGAGGUUUCAUCCUCCUGAUCAACGGCCAACGCGUGAUUCCCCCGCUCAUAUUGACAACGCAACAGAUACAUUUCAGUGGCUCUUGGAUGGUAUUGGUAGAUCACUAUCUGGAUUUGGUUAUGAGAUGGGACGGUUACAACCACGUGGAUAUCUUCGUUCACAGCAAACUCGGUGAAGUUUGCGGACUUUGCGGCUUUUAUGAUGGCGAUUCUUCGAACGACUUCCUCAUGCAAGGCGGGGAAUCUACCUCCGAUGCGGUAGCAUUUGCCAACAGCUGGGUCCAUCCUAACAGUACCUGUGAUGAGGCAGUUGCAGUUCCCAACGGAUGUGAGGGCGACGCAGCCCUGUCAGUCUCGGCAGACAACGCCUGCAAUGCCAUCAGAGACGUCGUCGGUUCCCUGGCCGCUUGUCACGAUGUCAUUCCCUUCCAACCUUUCUAUGACAAAUGCCACUUUGAUGUAUGUAAGUCCCUGCCUGAUACCUCGGCGCGCUGCGCACACAUACAAGACUACGCCCAGCGCUGCAUCAACGCAGGCGUGGAUGUGGGACACCAGUGGAGAAUGGAGCGAAACUGCUUCUCCGAAUGCCCCGAGCAUUCUCAUUUCUCCUCCUGCAUCGGGUCUUGUCCCGCGUCCUGCCUCGGGGAGCGGGUGUACGAGGACCCCAGACGCUGCGUCACGUACUGCAACGACGGCUGUGAGUGUGACGAGGGGUAUUACCUGAGCAACGACCGCUGUGUGCCUGAAGACGAGUGCGGUUGCCUUAUACCUCAUGAGAUAUCGGAACUGGCAGUCGUACCGGUCGGCUAUAUCUACAUGACCGAGGGAUGUGAUCAGUCCUGUGAGUGCGGAGCGGACGGAACACUGACGUGUAUGAACGUCACCUGUAAUGAGAAUGCUGAGUGUCUGGUAGUUGAUGGGGUCCAGCGUUGCGUAUGCACUGGCGAUUUGGUCGGAGAUGGACUGCAAUGUAACCCAAAUCAGUGUGACACCAGUCCAUGUUUGAACGGUGGAACGUGCCACUUGUCUGGCAUAAGCUUCGUCUGUGUGUGUGCCCGAGGCUGGUCUGGAGAUACCUGCACCCAAGAGACUAGGUACUGCUUGACCUAUGGGGACCCCCACUAUCUCACCUUUGACGGUGUCUUUUAUGACUUCAUGGGCGAGUGCUCCUACGGGCUCGUUGUGGAUACUAAUGAAGCUGUGGUUUCAGUGAUCCAAGUCAAUCAGAGAGUGGCCAACACUUUGUACACCGCGAUGAAGGAGUUGAUCAUAAUUUAUGGCGGCAGGGAGAUCAAGUUGGUGCCAGAUGUGGGUGUCUUGGUAAACGGUUUGCUUCAGACUCCGCCGUUUUCUGCCACUUCAGGGCUUCAACCGCUGGUGGUUCGCCAAGUUGGCAAUUACAUUGUCGUGAAAAUGCGGGAUGUGUUGGAUCUGAAAUGGGACGGUAGACACAGUGCGGACAUCGAUCUGCUCAACCCUCAGGGACCCAUUUCUUACAAUGGUCUGUGUGGCAAUGCCAACGGAGACGACACAGAUGACCUUGACGAUGGAAACCCUUCAACGGAUAAUUCCCCGCACAAUUUUGGGAAUAGUCAGAUGGUCGACCAAAUGCCCUGUCCCCAAAAUGCAGUGAAUCAAUCUCAUCUGUGUGCUAGUGCUUCACCGUUUGGUAAUGGGGAGUUUGCUGAUGCAGCGUGCCAACCAUUAGAUAUGAACCACGAUGCUUUCCCCUUCCAAGGCUGUACCGAGUUUGCUCCAAGUUUCCACACGGCAUGCAGAUAUGACGUCUGUGCUAUAGUCGAGGCCAACGCUAACCUAGCUGUGCCCAUUGCAUGCGGAGUCAUUGCCACCUAUGCACAACUCUGCCAAGAUCUGGGCCACACCAUCAGUGAAUGGAGAAGUGCAAGCGUAUGCCCCCAAGUUUGCCCGAGGAAUUCUGAGUACUCCCUGUGUGCCGAACCCUGCCCACUGACCUGCAGGGAUCCCAAUGGAGACGUGGGUAGCUGCUUUAUGCGCUGUGCUGAAGGAUGCCAAUGCAGGCAAGGCUACUACCAGGAUGGUGACGAGUGUGUCCCCCGAAGUCAGUGCGGUUGUCUGUAUGAUAGCGGAAACAAGUACCUCAAACUGAAUGAUGCCUACUACACCGACACCUGCACCAUGCGAUGUACCUGCCCCGAUGCAUUUGGCGAUGUUGUUUGUGUGCCGUCUACAUGCCAUGAAAACGCUACCUGCGAAUUCGUUCACGGCAUCCAAAAGUGUGUCUGUGAUGAAGGUUUCGUCGGCGAUGGUCAGAAUUGUGUCUUUGAAGAGUGUGCCAAUGAUCCUUGCGCCGCCGGCACACAGUGCCUGAGGAGACUGGAUGGUGACUCCGACUAUGUGUGUGAGUGCCUCGACAACUUAAUGAUGGGCAAGGACUGCAACGUCCCAGCAGAUUAUAACAACCGUUUUGCAUGUUACGGCGAAAGCUGCGGCACCACCUGGUUCGAAUCGCUCAACUACCCUGAGCGCUACCCCAACUCCCACAAGGCUUUCUACCAGGUGUGGGUGCCGGGCGCAAAAUACUUCCGCGUCACCUUUGAUCCAACGUUUGAAGUGGAGUCAGACAGGGACUUCUUGUACAUUGGUCCUGGCUUCCAGUACCCGCUGGGUCUGAACCAGGGCCCGCUGGUGACCGUACCUGGGGUCAUCUAUCAGCUGAACGGCUACACGACGCCUGGGCCCAUUUACGUCGAGGGAGACGCAGCCUGGAUGUACUUUGAGAGUGACGAUCAAGUGGACGGGCGGGGAUGGCAUGCCGAGUUGGAAGCAGUCUUUGAAGUCCUGCAAGGUUCACCCGUAUGUUGGGACGGUUCGGAGACCAGACUCAGCGACACCACCUGGGAUUACGGCAAAUGUGACGAGUGUCAGUGUGCGGCUGGAGCUGUCAUCACAUGCUCAUUGAAUGCCUCUCAGCCAAUCAGCUGUGACGCUAGCAGUGACUGCCCAUCGGGCUCCACCUGCGUGUCACCUGACCAAGUGCCUCUGUGUAUGGCUGAGCCUUGUGACGGCAUGUACUGUGAUGUGGGUACCAUCUACGCCAACUGCGACGUGAACCCCCACUGUGCCAUACUCACUAUCUCUACUGAUCUCAUCUCCAUUGCGCCGGGCACCACUGUAUCAACCAUCUGUGACAGCCUGAUUGCCGCUGCAGAGGUUCUGUCCGUCGCUGAGUGCUUUGUCUUUGAAUGCGCCGUGCGUCGCGAUGCACGCAGGAAGCGGGCGGCCUCGGAUGAGACCGUGCUGUUGGAUAUCUACCUGGAGAGUGGUUCCCCCGCCACCGGCCCUUCUGUCCCCGUUUCCCAAGACGGCAUGACGCCCGCGGAUGCUCUGGCUUUGACGCUGUAUGAACGGCUGAGUCGGUAUACCGGCAUCUCCGAUGGUUCCUUGCCCAUCAACAUCACCGAUGUGAUCUACCAUGGUCCGAGACCAAUCACAAAGGCGCCACCAACCAGCAGCUCUGAGAAAGUGACCGUGAAGAAGGUCACUGCAGGACCUGUAGAUUCCGGGAUGCCCACAUCCACCGUCGCCAUCAUCGCCGCCGGCGCCUCGGCCAUCACCCUCCUCCUGGCCCUCACAGUGGCCAUCUGGUGUCGUCAUCACGGCCGCAGGUCCUCCAAGAAGACUAUGACAUUCCAAGACGCCUCGGAGGGAGCCCACGCCAACGAGGCCUUCGAGAUGAUUGAUCACGGACCGGCGUUCUCCCGUGCCAUCCCGCUGGAUGACGGGACGGGUCAUCAGGGUAAUGUCUACGGAGUCAAGUAUGACCUGGAGUCCUAAAUGUACUUCAGUUUAUUACAACGUUACAAGUCUUAUAUAUGGGGUUAAUUACAACGUUACAAGUCUUAUAUAUGGGGUUAAUUACAACGUUACAAGUCUUAUAUAUGGGGUUAAUUACAACGUUACAAGUCUUAUAUAUGGGGUUAAUUACAACGUUACAAGUCUUAUAUAUGGGGUUAAUUACAACGUUACAAGUCUUAUAUAUGGGGUUAAUUGGAAAUAUUCAUACAUGUGACUAGAUCCUACCAAAUGAGUCUUAAGAUAUUUUCUAGGUUGAUCCAUUUCCCAUAUGUACUUGUUGAUAUGCUACACAGUUUAAUAUUCUGAUGAAAAUGGAUGUGAAUUUUGGUGACAAAUUCCUUCUUUAUUCAGUUUGGUCUUACGGCCUUUUGCUCAAAAUAUUGUUUGAUGGCCAGUGUCUAAAACGUAUUCCAUUGACUUUUGAAACAUUUCGUAUGAUGGGGUCGCAUAAACACCUGUAGCUGUAGAAAUAUAUUCAUAAAUUGUAUUAAUAGUUUAGUUCGUCGUAUAUAAUAGCAGAGAUGCCAACUUUCGAAUCCUUUUGUCAGGGAGGAUUUGUAAAGUACAGCGUGCAAUUAAUGCGCAAUUAUAUAUAUAGAGAGGGUGUUGAUCGAUUUUAGUACUAGGACACUUUUGUGAAUUUACUCAGUUUUUAUGAAUUUACUCAGUACUAUAUAUUUCAGUUGGAGUGAAUCAUAUUGAAUUAUUAGUGAUGUAUUAUAUUUCAGUUUGAGGUUCAUAGAAACUGCUGGUUUUUAGUAGAGAAUAACUGACAGUGUGGAAUUCUACAAUCUUUUUUGUCAAUGGACUCUGUGUACAAGUACCCCCUCAACGGUAAGAAAGAAGGAGACCACUGGGAGAGACAUUCAAACGCAUCGUCAAAGACACCUGACGCUCGCGCGAAGACGAUACAACUUAAAUUUCGCACUUUCAGAAUAAAACAAGUCGUACAUACUUCGCGCCACACUUUGCGAUCCGGUAUGCACCCGCAGUGUGUCCCAUCCAAGGGGCUCUGGAAAUUGGUGAAAAGCGCCCUCUUAUUUGCGCACGGAGCCCGCAGAGUUUAAGGAUUAGUUGUCGUCAUGCUGUGCCAGUAUGUGUGGCAUUACUAUGUAGCAAAUACCACAGGACCAUAUUGAAUGCCAUCUUUGAUGAGAUGUGAUUCACAAGUUGAAAAAAAAAAAACAUUCAUAAGAACUCCAGAAAUUAAUUGAAGUCGGAGUGGUGUUCUGUUCUAUAUUAUGGUCUCUUAGAUAUUUCUGCAUUGCAAGUAGCUUUUCCCUUUAUGCGCAGAUAAUUAUAACUAUUGAAACAACCUUGCCAAAAACAGUGUUCCUCGCUGAAAUGAAUACCUCUUUUGUAAUCUUUGGCUUUUAAUAUUUUGAAUUUGUUUAGUAUUAGUGACUUUUAAUGAUACUAAUAAUGUUUAGUAGUACCAUAUAUAAAAGGUUUUUGUGACUGAUGGUGAAGGUUUAUUCCUUUGAUAUUACGAUUAAGAUGGAAAUUAUUUAGGUGUACCUGGGAAUUUUUAAAAAUAUCAUAUCAAAUAUAUAUGUGAAUUGUUUUAAUGACAAUGGAAUGCUUUUUGUACAAACUUAUAUGAAAUCUUAACCAAAAGUGGGAUACUGUAUGAGUUUACUUCGAAGUAAUAAUAUUGGUAUGCAUAUACGUAGUUGAGUAGAAUUUAACAAUUUAAAAUGGUACUUAUAUUUUUAUAUUAUGUAACUCCAAAAAAAACCACCCAAAACCCCCAAAACUAAGCGACAUCUAACCUUUAGUAGGAACACUAUUUACAACCUAGAGCCGUUUGGGAGAUUACAUAUCAAAGUAUUUCAGGAUGAUACAAACAUUUACACCUAACUCCAUCUAACUUCUGAUGUGCAAGCCAGAGCUACAACUGUAGCACCAACAAAUAUCUUAAAAGACAGUCAGCAAUGAAGACAAGAAUAAUUGUUAAAACACUUUACAUUUUGCUUAUAAAGUUGCUCUACUUUUGCUCUUCAACGUAUAAAAAUGUUUGUCUGAA